AUGGAUCAAUCCAUCAUUCGCAUCUCCAAGGAGCUCAGCGACAUCCAGAAGGGAUCAGAUCUGGCCAUUGCAGUCGCCUGUCGUGAUGUCGACGUUCGCAAUGUCAGAGCCCUGAUCAUGGGCCCGCAUGAGACUCCCUACGAAUUUGGGUUCUUUGAGUUUGCCAUCAGGUUUAACAGAGAUUAUCCUUCAAAGUCUCCCAACGUUCAGGGCAUUACGACAAAUGGAGGGCGUUGCCGAUUUAACCCCAAUAUCUACUCCAGCGGCAAAGUUUGUCUGUCAAUCUUAGGCACAUGGAGAGGAGAGCGCGGUGAAGAGUGGUCGUCAGCACAGGGGCUAGAGUCGAUAUUGUUAUCAAUACAGAGUCUGAUGUCAGCAAAUCCCUACGAAAACGAACCUGGUUUCGAGAAUGCAAAUGAAGCAUCCGAUAAGCAAGCUCAAAAGCACUACGUCCAAAAGAUACAACACGAAACUCUGAGAAUCUCUGUUAUUCAACGUCUUGAGGGCUAUCUUGGACUGCAGCCCAAUGGUGCCGGUGCGCCGCCCCCUGAAAGUCUCGAUUCCAAGGACUUGGACUAUGAUGAGCAAUUAGAAGAGGCCAAUAACCCGUUUGAGCCGUUCAAGGACCUUUGCAAACGUCGAUUUCUUUGGUAUUAUGAUUCAUACAUGGCUGCUGUGGAACAGGGUAAAUCCGAGGUGGAACCUCUACAGCCGUUUGUGAGGAUGCCAUUCGAGUCUCCGGGGUCCAACUCGAUGGAUGGCCGCUUCAACUAUCCGGAGCUCGAGCGUAGACUCAAAGCCAUCAAAGAAGCGCUUAAUGCAGAAACAGCACGGUGGGCAGAAGAAGGCCUCACAUCCAAAGCAGGAGAAUCGACAGUUGCCGUUAAUUUGCAGCAUCAGUUUGACCAAGUGUCGGCCUACCUGAAGCGGGGCGAUAUGCCGCAUAGUGUUGUUCUGGAAGACAAUAACCCCUUUGUCUGGUUGAUUACAUACUUUGGAAGGCCGAUGACGAAUCUCGAUGGUGGCCUCUUCCGCAUCAAAAUGGCCUUCAGCACUCGGUUCCCAAAUGAGCAACCGCGAGUCAAAUUUGAGACCAAGAUUUUCCAUCAUCUCAUUGCGACCGAUGGAACGGCAUGUUACACCCCUAACCCUAUGAAGGUGGAGGACGUCAAGUCUCAUAUCGAUGCCAUUUUUGAGAUGCUUGAAGAGGAUGAGCCGGCAUAUGAUCCGAGGAAGAUUGUCAACCCCGAGGCCACCAAGAUGUUUUGGGGAAACAAGCCAGAGGACAAGAAGCUAUACAACCGCCGUCUACGGAGAUCAGUGCAGAUGAGCAUGGAGUAA